AUGAUAAGCGAACCGGAUACUCGAUUACUACAGGCUGGCCUUGAAGUAUCAGCGAAAUUCAAAGGGGCUUUCUGCGAAGCCCGCAUAAAGAGCGUUGAUGCCGAAUUUCGAUUAAAAUUGCGAAUGGAAGACGGUAAAGUGCUGCAAACGUCAGACAGACACGUGACCGGCGAAGCCAGGCUGGGCGCCAAAGUAGAAUACAAAGGGCGCAAAGGGGUCGUGCUCAAGUUGAAAGACGUGUCGGUUUAUACCGUUGUUUUUGAUGAUAUGGACGAGAAGACUAUGAAGCGAUCUUCUUUACGAAUCAAAGGAACGCGACAUUUCGACGAGUCAGUGACUCUUGAUUCUCUACCACUCAAUGACCCAGAGCAUUUUGGAGACAAAGUGACGAGCAAUGAGUUGUUGUCUUCCAUGAUUUCCGCCAACUCAUCAUUUAUCGAGGACGACGAGAGCAUCCAAAGUCCGACAGAGAAAGACGCGCGAGAGGAAGAUUCUGAAUAUUCCGCCGAGUCGCACAGCGAGAAAAACGAUCAACCCACUAUUAACGAGUCAAAUGCAGAGCUAGAGACAAAGCUGCAGAUAAUUGAAAGCUUGGACUCGAUCCCAGAAGAUGCUGGCCGUCGCUUUCUGCAAUUGAUGACUCGACAGCCUAAUGGAGUGUCGACGCUCAUCGCCAUUCGUUCAACCCUUCUCAAGGCGAAACUCAAUCUCUCCCUGUCUUCUGCCCUCACUGAUACGAUUACGGCGAAUCUUGACUCUGGCCUCCAAGUUCAACUUGAAAUAAUUGGUGCUGAAAACUAUUCCGACUUCCGCGAACUCGUCGCUUCACUUGAUACCGAACUGUUACCUAAAUUCUCCGACUCGUUGCCUAAACUUCUUUUCAAAUAUCUAUACGCAGACAGAGGCAACGAAAAUUCCGCUCUCUGUCCUGUUUGCAAUUUUCACGUGCGAAAUGGUGCCGAACUUUGGCGACUCAAUUUCGGUGCCAAUACUGCACUGUAUGGAAUGGCCGAGUCACUGUCGAUGAUGGUCAACUACCGAUAUUACACUGAUAAGAUGUGGCAAAAUUCCUACGAUUACCAAGUUCAAAAAAUUAUUCCGAUUUCUGAUGCUGUUCGAAAGACUUUCUUAUAA